AUGGCCACCGAGCCCCUGCCCGUGGAGCUGGAGUGGGGCGAGGUGCUGCUGAGCAUCCGGGCAGCGCCCAUCAACCCCGCCGACAUCUACACCGUCCAGACGGGGGGCAUGUAUGGCACAGACCACGUGGCACCACCCUUUGUGGCCGGGCACGACGGCGUGGGGGUGGUGGUCAAGGUGGGCCCCGGCGUGAAGGGGCUGGCCGAGAAUGACUGGGUGGUGCCCAUGAAGCCCAACCUGGGCACCUGGCGCUCGCUGGCGGUGGCCAAGGAGAAGGACCUGCUGCGCCUGCCGGCCGACAUCAUGCCGGUGGAGCAGUGCGCCAUGCUGCGCGAGAUCCUCACCGCGUACCGCCUCCUGGAGGACGCCAACCUCAAGCCCGGCGAUGCCGUGAUCCUCAACGCCGCCAACAGCACCGUGGGGCAGCUGGUGGUGCAGCUGUGCCACCUGCUGCGUCUGCGUGCCAUUGCCGUGGUCAGCGGGGAGAGCGACUUUGAGAAGACGGCGCUGUGGCUGCGCGCGUUAGGCGCGGCAGAGGUGCUGCUGGACAGGGGCAGCCUCAAGGCAAGCGGGGGAGGCUUGGUGAAGUUUUACAGCAAGCCGUGCCUGGGGCUGGACGCGGUGGGUGGCGCCAGCGCACAACGCCCGAGUGAGGCGCUGGCAGACGGCGCACAGCUGGUGGUGUAUGGCGCCAUGAGCGGCAAGGCCGCGCAGUUCAGCUGGCACCAGUGGGUGUUCCAGGGCAUCCAGGUCAAGGGCUUCAACGUGCGGCGGUGGAUGAAGGACAGCAAGAAGAAGCUGCCGGCGAUGCUGGAGAGCGUGGCCAAGCUGGUCAAUGCCGGCAAGCUGCAGGCCACCUUCACAGAGUGA